CCCCAGCCACACACAGGCACCAGGAAUCCAAGCCUCUCUUUCCCCCAGCGUGUCAGUUACCCCGUCAAAUAUACAAGCUCCUCUUGGAACUGGAGCAGCUCAAAUAUUAUUCUUGUAGCUCUCGCUCUCUUUCCCGCCCUUCUCCGUCCGUCCCUCCAGCUCCCAGCACUAUGCAGCCAGCAGCAGCCACACGCUGACACGAGAUGCGAGUUCACCGGCUCUCGCUCUCUUCCUCCUCCUCCUCCUCCCACCGCCGACCAGCCCCGCUUUACUCCGCUAACGGGAAAAGCGCUUCAGAAACGCGCGCGCACAUUCACACACACUUCCAGGAAACCAGAAAGACGCUGCGAUUCUUGGCGAGAGGAAACGGAUCGGUCGGCCUUUCUGCGCGCACACUCCUCCUCCCCCCUCCUCCUCCUCCUCCGCCCAAAGCAACUUCCACCACUUUCGACUCCUCUUGAGGAGUCCUAAUCCGGGAGGUAUCCUGUGUGUGUGCGGGGGAGGGGGAUGUGGGGGAUAGAGAGAGAUUAAUUGGCCCAGCCUGGGAACAAGCCUCCCAUCCGGUGCGCCCUAGGCGCGCGGGGCGUUCGCAGACUCUGCUCGGCGCACCGCUUCCCCCUCCCGACCACAACCCGCCCCUCUCGCCGGCGUUGCAAGUAUGGCAAAGGCAGGCGAUCGGACUGGGCUCCGUUUCGACAGAGGAUCCCGCGAAGGGGAGAGAAUUUUUAAAUUUUGAUUCCCCCCAGCCCACCCGUUUCCUCCCUCCCUCUCCUUUUCUUCCACUCUUGGAGAGAAACGCACAGGCAUCUCGCUGCUUUCACGCCGCCAAAGAUGCUGUUCCGGUAACCGACUGAGCGUCUCUCCCAGCCAACUGGAGGCGCAAUGGUCCCCUUGUGCUGGUGCUGCAUGCCAGCACCUACACCAGCUGCGGCGGCCAUGACGGGCACGGGCACAACCUCCUACCACUUCAAGAGUUUCUGUGGGGAGUUUGAGCGGGUGGAAAGCGCCCUGGAACGCCUCGAGGCCAGCGGGUUCUACUGGGGCAGCCUGUCUGGGGCCGAAGCCAAGCGCCUUUUGACCUCCCAGCCACCCGGCGUCUUCCUCGUGCGAGAUUCCUCCGACCACCACCACCUCUUCACCCUGAGCGUCCGCACCAACACGGGCAUCACCAACCUGCGCAUCCAGCAGCAAGGCUCAGCUUUCCACCUGGAGGCCUUGCCAGGCGCUGGCCACCCCCCGGCCUUCCACUGCGUGGUCCGGCUAGUAGAGCACUAUCUGUGCCUGGGAGCAGUAGAAGGGGGGCCUUGCUACCUGGAGAGGGAGGGGCAGCCCCCGGUGCCUUUGGCCCUCGCCCAUCCUCUCUGCUGCAAAGUGCCCACCUUGCAAGAGCUGAGUCGCCGGGCGGUGCGUGCCAGUAUGAGGGGCAGAGGCGAUGCCAGGGCUCAGCUGCAGCGGCUGCCAGUUCCACAGGGACUGUUGAACUCGCUGUGCACCUGAAAGGCUCGUUUCCUUCCUAACAUUCCCUGUACAGUAUAUAAGCAGGACUGCCUGCACAGUGUAUUGCUGGUGGCGCCUGUUUAUCAUUAUCUUUGUGGAAUAAACCAACUGGUAUACUGGG